AUGGUCGCGCGGGCUCGUACUGCAAUGGCCGCCAGUCGCCUCACCACCACCCGCGUCGGCGCCGCCCUCCAUCAGCGCGGCGCUGUCCGCCACGGCUCCAGUUCUGCUGCCGGCGGCGAACUCAAGAAGACGCCGCUGUACGACUUUCAUGUCGCCCACGGCGGCAAGAUGGUACCGUUUGCCGGCUACCACAUGCCGGUGCAGUACGGCGGCCUAUCGCUGGCCGACUCGCACCACUUUACCCGCAACCACGCGUCCAUCUUUGACGUGUCGCACAUGGUGCAGCACAUCUUCAAGGGACCCCGCGCGGCGGCUUUUCUUGAGCGCGUGACACCAUCGGCGUGGGCCACGCAAGGCGCCAUGCAGAGCAAGCUGACAACGCUGCUCUGGCCCGGCACCGGCGGCAUCGUCGACGACACGGUCAUUACGCGCCUCGGCGAGGACGAAUACUACGUCGUCACCAACGGCGCGUGCCUCGAAAAGGACACCAAGUACAUUGACGAGCAGCUCGGCGCGUUUGGCGCUGGUGUUGAGUGGACGCGGCUCGACAAAUCGGGCCUCUUUGCCCUGCAGGGCCCGCAGGCCGCCGAGAUUCUCCAGCAGGUCCUGGAUAGGAAGUAUGCCGACAUCGACCUCACCCAGCUGUACUUUGGCAACGCUGUCUGGGCGCAGCUUAAGCUUGCCGACGGCAGCGUCACCCACCCGGUGCUCAUCUCCCGCGGCGGCUACACCGGCGAGGACGGCUUCGAGAUUUCCUUCAAUGGCCAGCGCUACCCAGCGUUUGACACGACGACGCCCGCCGUGGAAGCGCUACUCGCCGCCGCCGGACCCGAGCGCCUGCAAAUGGCUGGGCUAGGCGCCCGCGACUCGCUGCGCCUCGAGGCCGGCAUGUGUCUUUACGGCCACGACCUUGACGACACCAUCACCCCCGUCGAGGCCGGCCUCAGCUGGAUCAUUCCCAAGGAGCGCCGCACCACCGACGCUGGCUUUCACGGCGCCGAGGUCAUUGUCCCGCAGAUGACGCCCCGCAGCAAGGGCGGCGCCGGCGUGCAGAAGCGCCGCGUCGGCCUCGUCGUCGAGGGCGCGCCCGCCCGCGAGGGCGCGACCAUUGAGCAGGACGGGGAAAGCAUUGGCACUAUCACCUCGGGCGUGCCCAGCCCCACGCUUGGCAAGAAUAUUGCCAUGGGCUACGUCCGGGACGGCCUGCACAAAGCGGGUACCGAGGUCGACGUCGUCGUGCGCGGCCGCAAGCGAAAGGGUGUCAUCACCAAGAUGCCCUUUAUCCCGACCCGGUACUGGAAGGGCCAAGCUUGA